GUCAAUUCUAACAACAUAGUCAAAAUGGGGCAAUGGUGGUUUCCUCGUUUUUUCCUUCCAACUCACCCACAGAUUCGUCGCUUUUGGGGCAUCAUCCAUCGAUACCUAAGGCGGUUUUCUCGGUCAUACUGUGGCCGGGUCGGAAUUGCCUACGAUAAUCAAAUUGCUCAACUUCCUUUUGGAUUAAUCCUGAAAUGGUCCGACGGUACUCGAAUAGAGGAAGUACUAACUAUGCAGGUUGCUAGAAAGGCUGGUCUACCAGUUCCAAGAGUCAUCUGUUAUGGAGAGCAUCCAGAUUCUCCUCAUGCACCGAUUUCUAUUCUGAUGACCCGCGUGCCUGGCAAAGAAUUAGGCCAGGUUUACGAGACGUUCAACGAUGAAGAUAAAGACGCGGUGCUCCAACAACUUGAUCAGUCUCUGAAAACAAUACGAAAAUGGAAAAGCCCAUGGGGUGAAAACAGAAUAUGUUCUCUACUAGGUACGCCUCUUAGAAGCGUCCGGGUGCCUAACCAUCUUGCUGGUCCAUUUGAGUCGGAGCAAGAACUUAACGAUUAUCUAAGAGAGCCUGCCUGGUUGGGCGGGUUUCCAUCAGAGAUGGCAUACAACGAGGCUCUCCACCGUGCUAGAAGAAUGGAUGAGAAAUCCCACAAUAUUGUUUUUACACAUGGCGAUCUACAACACCAUAAUAUCAUGGUACAUGAAGGGCGUAUCUCAGGUUUUCUGGAUUGGGAAGCAGCGGGCUGGUAUCCUGACUAUUGGGAAUUCACGACGGCACUGAGAUUCGCGCAGGAGAACUUCUGGUGGUAUCAUUUUGUGGUAUCGCUUGGCAGAAAGUCUUACUUGCUAGAACUGGAUUCUGAACGGGCAUUGACUUCUUUGACCAGUGCCUCUUAUUACUGGUGA